GGAGGAUAUAGGAUCUGUCUGGAAGAUUCUGAUUCGAGCGGGAGAUCGGAUCGUUCUAGGCUUAUAGCCGUUUGUACCUAGCUUAAAAUGUUUUGUUAGUUUGUCAUUUAUUCUCUCAUGUUGGAUUUCUAAGUAUUCAUUUAAAAAUAAGUGCUAAGUGUUUGAUGGCGUCGUUGGAAAAUCUGUCGGUAUAGGAGUUGGCAGACCCGCUGUUGGUAACAGUGGCAACGCCACAUUGCUCAUAAUUUUCAUCGCAUAAGUAGUUUCCGACAUUAGUCGGACACAACUAUUACUCGACAAUGGACCCCAUUUCCAACAGUUUAUACUUUUAGUAGGGUAAAGUGGGGUGACAUGAACGGUUUUUUAAGAUUAAAAUAGGAAUAAAAUUUUCCAAAAUAUUGCGAAAGUCAUGUUCUUUUCUGACAGCUUAUGCUCCAACUUGUCAUGUAACAGAAGUAUUCCUUCUAUUAACACUGUACGAAUGGUCGACGUGUGAGUGCGGUGAUGAGUUGUGCAUAUGUCAUUUGCUGUCAGUCGAAAGUUCCUGGCAGUUGCCUUUAAUGUUUUCCGCACAAUACGUUUUAAUUUGUCAAUUAAAUCCUCUUGCUGACAAUCAAAAUAUCUACAUGCCACGUGCGAAAGGCGUUCAGCAAAUUAUUCACAUGUGACAGAAUGAAUUUAAUAAAAUGGGAUCAGUUAGAAGAUGGCCUGGCACCUCUGUCAGACAGUCAACGAGAUUGGAUCGAGACAUUGGAGGAGAGAGUGUCCAAAACAUUGGGAAGCUAUAGUGACACGUCGAUACCGGUUGUUAACCAAGACCAAGGCAAUUUCACUGAUAAUGAGCCUAUUAUUCCAAUUGACAAAAAAAUAGAAUCGUGCCACGAACUCCUGCAGUACUAUGCUGCCCUGGAAUCUAGAUACGAAUCUAUAGAAUACAAAAGGUACUGCAUGUACCUGGAAGAGUUGAAUAUUCGCAAAGAUGAUUGUAAUAGUUUAUGCAAAGACAUUGAUAAAGCUCUAGAGGACAUGUCUGCCUUAUCGAGACAGUAUGGAAUCGUCUCCAACAAGACAAUGUCCCUUCACUCAGCAACAGAACAAUUAAUAUCUGAGCAGGAAAAGCUGAACGAAAUAGGAAAUGAGAUAGCUAGAUAUGUUAAGUACUUCAAAGAGGCUGACUUAAUAAUGGACAAGUUGGAGUCCGCUAACUUGUCAGUUAGAAGUGAUACAUUCAUCGAUAUAACCGAUAAAAUCGAUACAAACAUGGAUUUCAUGGAGAAAAAUGAUAAGUUCAAGGAGUCUGCAGUCUAUCUCGUAAAGUACAGACACUGUCAGUCAAAGGUCAUUGGGAUGAUGCACCAGUGGAUAAUGAAUAUAUUGGAUGAAGCUACUGACAGUAUUAUGAACUCUUUACCAACUUCAGAAUCCACUGGGGAUGAUCCAACAUCUCCAGAUGCUGAUACUCAGACGCUGGCGUUGUUAUACGGCAGGUUCCAGAGAAUUUUACCAAAAAUAAAACCUAUUAUUAUAAUUAUGGAGAAACGAUCGUUCAAACGGCAGGAAUAUGACACGCUCUUGCUGGAGUGUCAUCAGAGGUAUUUGAUGAAACGAGGAGGAGUAAUAAGCGCAAGUGUCCAAAAGGGACUUCAAUCUGUGAAAGAAAAAUACAAUGGCGAUCAUUGUAGUUUCGUUCGUCACGCAUGUUCCCUAUUGUUGCACGCGUCCAUCGACGAACAUCGUCUUUUCUACCAAUUCUUCGAGAAGAAAUCCCACUUACUUGCUGGCUACCUUGAGGGUCUCUGUACGUCUCUGUACGACAUUCUAAGGCCUUCAAUAAUCCACAUCAACCACCUGGAAACACUCGCCGAGAUUUGUUGCAUUCUGAGAGUAGAAAUGCUGGAGGAGCACGUGCAGAAUCACAUAGAGGCUCUCGAGGGCUUCGGCAAUAUUUGUCUCCAGCUGCUUCACGACGCUCAAGAGAGAUUAGUCUUUCGCACACAUCUGUAUCUACAGUCAGAUAUUCUGGGAUACAAUCCAUCCCCCGGGGAUCUCGCCUAUCCAAAUAAACUAAAAAUGAUGGAGGACAUAGCCGAGUCCCUGCGAGAAGAGAAUCGUCAGGCAAAAAUCAAGAAGAUAUCCGUCUCCUCGAUAUCCUCUGUCUCCUCCAUAACUUCAAAUAAUCAGGAACAAUCGGAAGCUUCCAAGUUCAUUCCAAUCGUUGGCUUCGAUCCCAUUCACAAAUUAUCAGCUCCAUCCUCCUCUUCUUUUAACCUCGUCACUAAUUCUCCGGCUGAUCUACACGGAAUGUGGUAUCCAACAGUACGAAGAACACUCGUCUGCCUGUCAAGACUCUACAGAUGUUUAGACCGCCCUGUAUUUCAAUCACUGAGCAGAGAAGCCAUCAAUUUUUGUAUCGAAAGCAUCGAAAGAGCCAAGGAAAAAAUUGAGACUCGAGCGACAACAUUGGACGCUUUAUUAUUCCAAGUAAAACAUUUGCUCAUCCUAAGAGAGCAGAUUGCACCGUUCCAGGUUGAUUUUACUGUGAAGGAGUAUUCACUCGAUUUUUCAAAAGUGAAAACCGCAGCUUUUGGAUUACUUGAGAGAAGAUCCAGAGUUUUUGCAUUAUCAAAUAAUGCCUUGCUAGAAUUUCUACUGGAGGGUGCACCCAGAAUGAAGGAGCAUUUGAUAGAUUCCAGGAAGCACGUGGAUUCAAAACUCAAAGCUGCCUGUCAGACCCUCAUUCAGCACUGUACGAAAUUGCUUGUUGACCCAAUUGAUAAAUCACUUGGCUCUGUCAUCAACAGCAAUGCCAAUGUCACGAGCUCUCCGGGGAGUGGCAAUGCUCAGAAAAGUAGUGCUCUAGCUAAAGUGGAUCCUCAGGUAGUUGCACAAGUGGUGAAUGAAGUCAUCAGACUGAUUAAAUUCCAGCUACCCAGUAUUCAGCAGUCGAUGCAGUUGUACUUGGCCAAUCGGGAGACUGAAUCGAUUCUGUUUAGGCCGAUUAGAAAUAAUAUUGUUGCAAUGUUUACACAAUUGUCGCAGUGGUUGCAUGGAAAUUACAGCAGUGAGGAACAACUUUUGAUCGCUUGCCCACUGCCUGAACAAGUUUCCAUUAUGUUGAGUUCUUCGAGCCUCGCGCAUACAUCGUCCAACUACUCGACCAACAAUCAGCCCCAAGAGCAGCAGCAUCAUCCUACAGUUGCGAAUGUUCCCACUGGAGUAACGACUGUCUGAUGAUGCUGAGGGACAGGGAGACUAGAGUAAAAUGGUGAAGGACGGGUGAGUUCAGAAAUUUGAGGAAAAUGUCAUUCAAAAACUCGAAUCAACGAGUUGAUGACGAUGAACGUCAUGUGAACAACAUUUGAAUAAUUGGUGAAGUUAAUGGAUAAUCGCCGAAAAUGAUAUGGUACAUUGGAGAAACUCUAAUUAAUAAGCGUCUUUCCUUCCAAAAAUUACUGAGAUGAACAAUAAUUCCUAAAUAAACUGUAAAAAGUUUGUACAUUUCGUAGAUAGUAUUUCGAAGAGAACGACCUUAAGGGAUCUUCCCUACGGGUGAUAUUUUCUAUAAAAAAAUCUCGCAAAGUGAUUGGUCGAUGCAUCUUGAAUUCAUCAGCCUUCACCACUUUCGUUGUAACUUAAAAAAUCAUAAUAAUAUAUAUUGCUUGUCUAUAUUGUAUAUGCUAUAAAUUCUAUUUUAGAAAUAAUAAUUCAUAAACACCUA